GCUCACCAGCGACGUUUACGCGUUAUCUUUCCGUUCAUGAUAACCAUCCUCCUCCUCUCCGAUAUAAAACCCUAGGGCUCUCUCUCAUCCCAUUUGAUCAAAUCUCCAUUAAUUCAAGCUUUCAGGUUGGGUGGUUCUGACUUGUUACUAUGGGAGGCGGUUUUAGAGUGUUACAUCUGGUCAGACCAUUUCUUGCGUUUUUGCCAGAAGUGCAGAGUGCAGAUAGGAAGGUUCCCUUCAGAGAGAAAGUCAUAUACACUGUGAUCUCUCUUUUCAUCUUUCUGGUGUGCAGUCAGCUUCCCCUGUAUGGCAUACAUUCGACAACGGGUGCAGACCCUUUUUACUGGAUGCGUGUUAUUCUGGCUUCGAACCGUGGGACUGUCAUGGAGCUUGGUAUUACUCCCAUUGUGACUUCUGGACUGGUUAUGCAGUUAUUGGCUGGGUCAAAAAUUAUCGAAGUGGACAACAACGUUCGUGAGGACCGUGCUCUAUUGAAUGGUGCUCAGAAGUUGCUCGGAAUCUUGAUUGCUGUUGGUGAGGCUGUCGCGUAUGUUCUGUCAGGAAUGUAUGGCAGUGUUGGUCAACUGGGUGUUGGGAAUGCUAUUUUGAUAAUUGUUCAGCUAUGUUUUGCUGGGAUCAUUGUCAUAUGUCUAGAUGAACUUCUCCAAAAGGGAUAUGGCCUUGGAUCUGGAAUUUCGUUGUUCAUAGCCACUAAUAUCUGUGAAAGCAUCAUCUGGAAAGCAUUUAGCCCUACCACUAUUAACAGUGGACGUGGUGCUGAAUUUGAGGGUGCAGUCAUUGCCUUGUUCCAUCUUUUGAUUACUAGAUCAGACAAAGUCCGGGCGUUGCGGGAAGCUUUCUACCGGCAAAAUCUUCCUAAUGUCACGAAUCUGCUGGCUACUGUUUUGAUCUUCCUUAUUGUUAUCUACUUCCAAGGCUUCCGUGUUGUUUUGCCUGUGAGAUCAAAGAAUGCUCGUGGGCAACAAGGGUCAUAUCCCAUUAAGCUGUUCUACACUUCCAACAUGCCCAUCAUUCUUCAGUCUGCACUUGUAUCCAACCUUUAUUUCAUCUCUCAGUUGCUCCACAGAAAGUAUAGUGGGAAUUUCUUGGUUGAUCUAUUGGGAAAGUGGAAGGAGUCUGAAUACUCAGGCCAAUCUGUCCCAGUUGGUGGCAUUGCUUACUACGUGACUGCACCUUCAAGCUUGGCGGAUAUGGCAGCCAAUCCAUUCCAUGCUCUUUUCUACUUGGUGUUCAUGCUAACAGCUUGUGCACUAUUUUCAAAAACCUGGAUUGAAGUUUCUGGAUCAUCUGCCAGAGAUGUUGCCAAGCAACUUAAGGAGCAACAAAUGGUGAUGCCUGGUCAUCGAGACUCGAACCUUCAGAAGGAACUUAAUCGGUACAUCCCAACAGCGGCUGCGUUUGGAGGAAUGUGUAUUGGUGCGUUGACGGUCUUAGCAGAUUUCAUGGGAGCCAUUGGUUCCGGGACUGGAAUAUUGCUUGCGGUUACAAUCAUAUAUCAAUACUUUGAGACUUUUGAGAAGGAGAAAGCGAGUGAACUAGGGUUGUUCGGCUUUUAAGCAUUAUUGGGCUUGGGUUCUUGUUUUAGAUAUUAUACUCCUUUUAGACAGACAGUUUUGUUUGUAGACCUGAAACCCUUUUUAUUUGUUCUGUUGAUGCAUACACGAUGGAUUUUGUUUC